AAGAAAAUACAUACAUAUAGUCAGCUUAAAGGCUUUGUCUUCUUCUAUCUCAAGAAAGAAGAUGCAGCCUCAAAUAUUUUCCUUCCUCUUCCUCUUCUUCAUUGGAUUUGCUUCUGCAGGUUAUCUUCAGAAUCCGGAUUUUGAAUCCCCACCAAAGAGCCUGACUGAAAACACCGGUUCCCCUUUUGUUACGCUGAAUGAAAACAACACAAUCCCAGGAUGGACAUUCCAAGGGACAGUUCAGUAUGUAACAGCUGGUCAAACCAUAGCUUUGCCAGAUAAUGGACAUGCCGUACAAUUGGGUCAAGAUGGCAAAAUCAACCAGACUUUCACAGCCGAUGCUGAUUACACGAAUUAUAUACUCACAUUCACUCUAGCUCCAGGCGGUCAGAAUUGUUCUGCCAAUGCUGAUGUACUAGUGUCAGGACCAGACAGUCAGGGGAUCUUCUCUUUCAAGCAGCAUUAUGGCAAGGAAGCAUGGCAGAGCUAUGGGCAGCACUUGGGCCUCGGCGGUCAGAAGGAACCCAUCAACCUUGUCAUUGAAAGCCAAGGAGUAGAAUCUGAUGACAACUCCACUUGUUGGCCAGUGAUCGACUCAUUACUUAUCAAAACAAUCGGAACACUGGUUCAAGGCAAAGAUAACUUGCUGCUGAACGGAGGGUUUGAAUUUGGCCCAGAAUUUUUAAGCAAUUCUACCGAAGGGAUUCUGCUUGAUUCAGCAUUAAGUCCUGUUCUGUCUCCAUUAAGACAAUGGGCAGUCGUAGGAACAAUCAAAUACAUAGACUCCAAGCACUUCUUUGUGCCCCAUGGCAAUGCUGCAGUGGAGAUUGUCUCAGGUGUUUCAGCUGGCAUACAGACUGAUGUAACACUCACAGCAGGUUCUGCAUAUAGUUUGGAGUUCACACUAGGAGAUGCCAACAAUGCCUGUGAGGGCGAUUUUAUAGUAGAAGUUCGAGCUGAAUCAGUAGUUCAGAAUUUUACAGUACAGAGCAAUGGGACAGGAUCAGCCCAGAAAUCUUCCAUGAAGUUUGAGGCAGGAUCGCGUGCAACGCGUAUCAGUUUCUUCAGCUACACAACAAGUCAGACAAAAGAUGGCAUCUUCUGCGGCCCUGUGGUUGAUGAUGUACUGUUGCUUUCCUCCAAUUGCCUGAGACUGGCAAUCAAGCCGAACAUUUUGAUUUCUCUGUUAUUUCUCAUACUCAUUUUUUGGUAAUGAGUUAUUAAAAAAGGCAAUUCUUUAACUAUGUAGUCGAGCAAGCCUUUUUGCUGGUUUCUGUUUUAUCAAGUGAAUUAGAACUUCAAGCAAUUAUUUUUCCAUUAACACCGGAUCGAUGCUUAUUGAUAUUAUUAUGAGGAUUCAAGGUAUAUUUAUUCAAUCCUA